CGAUGAUUCCUCUCUUAUCCCAGCGACCGUCACAUGCUGGCGGGUGGCCUUCACCCCGUCGCCGCCGCUGCCCCCGAACUACUCAUGCCUCAAGCAGGCUUCGCCAACAGCUGACGGCCUGGUCGUAUUUUGGCAUCAUGAAGGAUCUCCGCUGACUCCUCUUCCUACCUCCCCAUUCCUCCUCACCCUCUCUUUAGAUAGUCCUACCACAACCUCACUCGCCCUCUACUUAUCGCGUUCAGCUCGCGGAUCCCCGACGGAUCCGUUGUACCUCUCGUAACGCUGGCUUCAUAACCUAAGUCAAUAAGCCCCAGUGGGGACAACAUCUUCUAUUCUGUCUUAGAGGGUCCCGACACUCCCGGCCUCUGCAACCUUGUGAUAAUGAUCGAUCAUGUUCUCGGUAGACCGUCGGUUCAGUUCAGGAAAAUACAGGUACUAGCGGUCGUAUCAUUUUGGUCCUUCUAUCUCUACCGAGGCGAUCGCAAUGGUCCACCCUUCCUCCGACGGUUUUCAACCCUUCUCUCGAAGAAACUCACUGUCUGGCAAACGGUGGUCAUAACAUUACUAUACCUCUACUCCGCCCGCAAUUUCGGAAAGCUCGUCGGGCUCGAAUGUCCUGAACCUCUCGCCAACCUAUAUUCUCGGUCGUACUUCCGCGCAACAUGGGUUACCACAGCUCUAGAUGCAGGUUUCUGGUCUGCCAUGAAGAUUCGGAACAAAGGAUUGCGGGACUUUCUAUCCAUGGUCUUCAGCAUAUACUACAUGAUAUGUGCUGAACAAGCGGACGAGAAAGUACGAAAGAUCCGGGCAACGCUGACCGUUGAUCAUCUACGCGUCAGUUGGAACAAGGGAACUACACCAUAUCUGGCAGCUCUUACCAACUUGAUGCGCCCGAGACUCAUGUGGUAUCCACCACGUAGACUAAGAAUACCCAGACCCAAGGAGAGCUCGUACAAAGAACCGGUGCAUGCAUGGUUGUAUUUCAAUGGCCCGCUUUCAGAGCUCAAGAAGCAUACAAAGAUAGUACUAGACAUUCCGGGAGGUGGUUUCGUCGCUAUGGAUCCCAGGAACCACGAUGAUAAGCUCAUGGGCUGGGCAGGCAAGUCUGGCCUGCCAGUGCUAAGUUUAGAUUACAAGAAGGCCCCCGAAUUUCCCUACCCGUACGCGCUCAAUGAGUGCUACGACGUCUACCACACGAUCGUUAGCACGAGAGGGAGAUGCAUGGGCUUAUCUGGCGAAACAGCGCCCAAGAUUGUCAUUAGUGGAGACUCGGCCGGUGGAAAUCUAGCUGUCGGAACAGUGCUCAUGAUAUUGCAGACAGGUUCUACAGAAGCAAGGCGAUGGCAUGGCGAACAUGAACUUCCUCCUCCCAUCGGGGUAAUUCUCAUUUACCCAGCACUUGAUAUGAACAUAGGCAACUGGAUGACGGACGAACAAAUGGCUCUGAUCCGGGAUCGACGAGUUCGGAAAACCAAUCGACCCAUUCUACGCCACAAAAGCGACGAUUAUCGACACCUCGCUCCAAAUACGCCUGGGGCAUCUUCAGGUGAAGAUUCUGAUGACGACAACUCGCCCGCGCUCCCCAACGGCGUAGCUCAGUCUCCCACCAGUGUGCGGGUUCUUUCAUCCCCCCAAACGAUGAUUCGUCUUUCAGCUGCCCAUACAGGAAAGGACAAUGCUACGCUGCCUAGAAUAGACACAGCUCCAAACAUGAACGGCAAGCACACGGUCUCGACCGAGUCUGUGACGGAAACGCCCGAACCCUCAACUCCUGGUUUGAAUGGAGAACCUUCUGGUCCCCUUUCUGCCGUUCCCAUUACAGCUCCAGCUCAACAAGCUACUGCUAUCAAAACUCGCUUGGCGAUGUCAAGCAUGAUCUCAUACUUCAACGAUCGAAUUCUCACUCCAGAGAUGAUGCGCGCCAUGAUCAUUCUAUACAUAGGUCCUCACAUCCGACCCGAUUUCAGCACUGAUUUCCUCCUCUCUCCCUUGCUUGCACCAGAGUCAUUACUGGCCAAAUUCCCACGAACAUGGAUGUUGACUGGAGAGCGCGAUCCUCUCGUGGAUGAUACUGUCAUUUUUGCAGGCCGCCUACGGCAAGCAAAGCGAGCCGAAUGGGUAUUUGGCAAAGAGAUGGGACUUGACUGGGCACGCGGCGAUUUUCGGGAAGAAGACUGGGUAAACGUAGAUCUGGUACCAGGGAUCAGCCAUGGAUUCCUUCAGUUCGUUGGCGUCUUCCCCGAGGGUUGGAAGUACAUCCUUCGCUGUAGCAAAUGGAUGACAGAAGCAUUCGAGCUUGCGGAGCGUGAUGACGCACACGAUGAUGAGUUUGCAAACGACCAGUUACUUACCCCUGCGUAUGACUCUGAGCGUCACCGCCAUACUGGAGAACGCAGCGAUUACUUUGGCUCCGGGACUACUGUCGGCCUCGCUGAAGCUGUGAAUGGACUCAGCAAUGGUCGUAGUAGACAUCAUCAUCGCACCGGGACCGCAUCCUCCGCAGAAGAAGACAGGCCGCUGGAAAUGACGGUGUUAAGAAACUCUAAUACCGGCAAGGGAAAGAGGAGAGUUAGUCCACCUAAACUAGAUCUUGGAAAGGUCAAUGGAAGUGUGCAUAGGGAGAAUGGAAGGGGAAGGGGUAGAGGAAGGGGCAAGAAAGAUGGCCGACGCAAGAGUCUAGUCUCGCUUGCAAGUGAAGACGAUCUAUUGGGUAGAAGGAUGAAGGGGUUGACAGGUAGUCUGAUGGGAGAGGUGGAGGGAAUAGAGGGCAUCUAGAGAAAGGCCUCAUUUGGGGCGUACUUGACCUACAUAUAGGUACAUAUGCAUACAUGUACAUAGAUAGUGGUCGGCAUCGUGCAAUUGUUUCUUUCAACGACAUAUGAGGAUGGGGUUAUCGCACUGGUUCAUUCCUGCUGCAUAGCGUGGAUUAUUAUAGUUAUAGAAAUAUGCAUACACGGUAUAUACACACACUCAGCAUCACCUCUAUCGCUUAGUUGGAUGCCCUAUUGUAACUUAGCAGAGAAAGACAGCAUUCUGGUGAAGAAGCGUGGGGAAGACGAAAAGGC